AUGUCGGACGCAAUCGCCAGCCCCGCUGCGGCUGCCCAGGCCGACUAUGAAAAGCAUCCCGAGGCUCUGCAGGCGCCGGACGUCGAUGAUAUCCCCAUUGACGCCCUCCCCAAGUCCCGCUGGGAGCGUUCCUGGCCGGUGAUUGCCUGCGGUGCUGGUCUCUUCUCCGACGGUUACUUGAACGGAAUCAUCGGGUCCGUCAACACCAUGCUCAGUGAUAUCUACCCGGAAACAUACAACAACUCUACCGCCAGUCAGAAUGUCACCUCCAUUGCCUUUGUCGGAACCGUCCUGGGCCAAUUGAUCUUUGGCGUCACCAGUGACUACUGGUCGCGCAAGUGGUCGCUCUUCAUCGCGACGUGCAUUCUCAUCGUCUUCGGUGCCCUGUGUGCCGGCUCCUACGGCGCCGGAGACAGUCAGGUCGGCCUGUUCGAUGCCCUGACGGCCUACCGUUUCUUCCUGGGUAUUGGCCUGGGUGGUGAAUACCCGGCCGGCUCCGUGGCCGCCGCCGAGAGCACUGGCGAGUUGAAGUCGGGUCAUCGCAACCGUUGGUUCAUCUUCUUCACCGAUUUCAUGAUCGAUGCUGGCUACGUCGUCUCCGCCAUCGUGGCCACCAUCGUGGUUGUGGCCACUUCGGAACGCCAUCUGCGUGCGGCCUGGCGCAUCUGUCUCGGCAUCGGCGUCAUUCCUCCGCUGAGUUUGCUUUACCUCCGGUACAAGCUGAAUGAGCCGGAGGAGUUCAACCGGGAGCGCAUGCACAAAUACCCCUACUGGCUGAUCCUGAAGUUCUACUGGAAGCGCUUGCUCGUCGUCAGCGCGAUCUGGUUCAUCUACGAUUUCUCCAGUUUCUCCUUCGGCAUCUUCUCGUCCAAGUGGCUUGCCAUCAUCAUUGGCGACUCGGCCCCUCUGUGGCAGAGCUUUGCAUGGUCCAUUCUCACCUACACCUUCUAUCUCCCGGGCUCCUUCGCCGGUGCAUUCUUGAGUGAUAUCUUCGGUCCCAAGCAGACCCUCGCCUGGGGCGUGUUCUUGCAGGGUGUCGUUGGAUUCAUCAUGGUGGGUGCAUACAAACAACUCGCCACUCCGGAAUAUGUCGCUGCGUUCGUCGUUGUCUUCGGUAUCUUCUCUGCCCUCGGCGAGCUUGGCCCAGGCGACAACAUCGGUCUUGUUGCAUCCAAGAGCUGCGCAACGGCGAUCCGUGGUCAAUACUACGGUAUCGCCGCUGCCAUGGGCAAGAUUGGCGCUUUCGUCGGCACCUAUGUGCUGCCUAUUGCGCAAAAGAACGCGCCCAAUCCAACCCGCGCUGGACAGGAUCCUUUCAUCAUCUCCAGUGCCCUUUGCAUUUUCACUGCGGUUCUUUGCUGGGUUUUCGUUCCAAACAUUGGACAGGACACGAUUGCCCUGGAAGAUCUGCGUUUCCGUGAAUACCUCGAGGCGAACGGCUUCGACACGACGACAAUGGGUACUCGUACUGCACAGCAGCAGGUCUCUGAGUCUGCAUCCGAGUAG